AUGAAAUGCAGAGAUGGUACAUGGAACCGCAGGUACUACACUGCUAGAGUAGGCAUGAAAUGCAGAGAUGGUACAUGGAACCGCAGGUACUACACUGCUAGAGUAGGCAUGAAAUGCAGAGAUGGUACAUGGAACCGCAGGUACUACACUGCUAGAGUAGGCAUGAAAUGCAGAGAUGGUACAUGGAACCGCAGGUACUACACUGCUAGAGUAGGCAUGAAAUGCAGAGAUGGUACAUGGAACCGCAGGUACUACACUGCUAGAGUAGGCAUGAAAUGCAGAGAUGGUACAUGGAACCGCAGGUACUACACUGCUAGAGUAGGCAUGAAAUGCAGAGAUGGUACAUGGAACCGCAGGUACUACACUGCUAGAGUAGGCAUGAAAUGCAGAGAUGGUACAUGGAACCGCAGGUACUACACUGCUAGAGUAGGCAUGAAAUGCAGAGAUGGUACAUGGAACCGCAGGUACUACACUGCUAGAGUAGGCAUGAAAUGCAGAGAUGGUACAUGGAACCGCAGGUACUACACUGCUAGAGUAGGCAUGAAAUGCAGAGAUGGUACAUGGAACCGCAGGUACUACACUGCUAGCGUAGGCAUGAAAUCCAGAGAUGGUACAUGGAACCGCAGGUACUACACUGCUAGAGUAGGCAUGAAAUGCAGAGAUGGUACAUGGAACCGCAGGUACUACACUGCUAGAGUAGGCAUGAAAUGCAGAGAUGGUACAUGGAACCGCAGGUACUACACUGCUAGAGUAGGCAUGAAAUGCAGAGAUGGUACAUGGAACCGCAGGUACUACACUGCUAGAGUAGGCAUGAAAUGCAGAGAUGGUACAUGGAACCGCAGGUACUACACUGCUAGAGUAGGCAUGAAAUGCAGAGAUGGUACAUGGAACCGCAGGUACUACACUGCUAGAGUAGGCAUGAAAUGCAGAGAUGGUACAUGGAACCGCAGGUACUACACUGCUAGCGUAGGCAUGAAAUCCAGAGAUGGUACAUGGAACCGCAGGUACUACACUGCUAGCGUAGGCAUGAAAUCCAGAGAUGGUACAUGGUACUACACUGCUAGCGUAGGCAUGAAAUCCAGAGAUGGUACAUGGAACCGCAGGUACUACACUGCUAGCGUAGGCAUGAAAUCCAGAGAUGGUACAUGGAACCGCAGGUACUACACUGCUAGCGUAGGCAUGAAAUCCAGAGAUGGUACAUGGAACCGCAGGUACUACACUGCUAGCGUAGGCAUGAAAUCCAGAGAUGGUACAUGGAACCGCAGGUACUACACUGCUAGCGUAGGCAUGAAAUCCAGAGAUGGUACAUGGAACCGCAGGUACUACACUGCUAGCGUAGGCAUGAAAUCCAGAGAUGGUACAUGGAACCGCAGGUACUACACUGCUAGCUUAGGCAUGAAAUCCAGAGAUGGUACAUGGAACCGCAGGUACUACACUGCUAGCGUAGGCAUGAAAUCCAGAGAUGGUACAUGGAACCGCAGGUACUACACUGCUAGCGUAGGCAUGAAAUGA